AUGUUGCCCCCGGCCUCCGUUUCAACAGCAGAGGCCUUCAGAAAACCUUCGCGUCAAGCCGGAGCUCCAUUCUCGAUUGCAGAGGCCUUUCCUGAGGCUUCUGCUGGUAAAACAGAGGUCAGGCACGAGCGGCCGCAGAAGUGGGCCAGUGAGGCAGGUGUCGGGGCGUGGAAGGAGCCUGAAACUGCGGAGGAAAAUGACCUGGAACGGGACCCUAUGGAGUCCGAGGGAGAGGUGUUUGUGGUUUCAAAGGAAUUUGGGGAAGAGCAGGCCGGGGCAGGAGGUGCCUCCAAGAAGGAAAAUGGGGGUGAAAGGUGCAAACAGUUGGAAAAAAUCCGAUGCGAAGCGCUGAGAGAAAUCGCCUGGAAUCCCGACGGUUCGCAGAGGCGGGAAGGGGAUCAGGCUGGAGAAAAGGAUAAAUCGGAGUCUUUUCGGGCGGCCGAGGUGGACGACGUUCAAGUUCCUCAGGAAAAGCAGCGGAAGAAGAGGAGAAACAGGCGCCUCGUCGUUAUCCCGGAGGAGAGGCCCAGUAAAAACUCAGCCUUCGGGAAGGGGGUCCCCCUCCACCCAAGGUUCCACAGCCGAGAACUGCCCCAUAAAUGCUUGGACUGCGGCAAGGGCUUCAGUCACAAAGCGAACCUGACGUCGCACCAGAGAGUCCACCGGCUGGAGAAGCUCUACGACUGCUCCAACUGUGGCAAGAGCUUCCUUCGUAAAUCCAUCUUGGAUAUGCACUUGAGGAUGCACUCGGGACAGAAACCCUUCAGCUGCGCCGACUGCGGCUUAAGUUUAAGCGCCCAUUCGAGUCUUGUCAGGCACCAGCGGAUCCACACCAGGGAGAAACCCUACAAGUGCUCCGAGUGCGAGAAGAGCUUCAGUCAGAACUCGGACCUGAUCCGGCAUCAGCGGCUUCACACGGGGGUGAAGCCCUAUCAGUGCCCUGAAUGCGGGAAGAGCUUCAGUCGGGGCGACUGCCUGGCUACUCAUCAGAAAAUCCACGCGGGGAAAGAUCAAGGGGGAACGCAAGCCGCAGCCAAGACUUUUGAGUCCAGGAAUCCAAACCGCCCUGGUGUCACCCAGUCUUUCUGGGACUCUGAGUUGGGGCUGCUGCGCGUGAUCGUUAAGGAGGAAGACGACAGCGAAGAGGCCAAUCCAUCAGCAGAAACCAUCCAGAUUAAGGAGGAGCCUGCAGAGAUAUCCGUAACGAUACUCGAGCAUCCCAAUGCCGAAGGGACGAGUCCCAACAAGUGCGCCCUGUGCGGAAAGACCUUCAGUUGCAAGUCGGACCUCACCAGACACCAGAGGACUCACACGGGCGAGAAGCCCUUCCGGUGCUUCGAGUGUGGGAAAAGCUUCAGCCGAGGAGAUUACCUGAUUUUACACCAAAAGCUUCACCGGGGGGAGAAGCCGUACAAGUGCUCCGAGUGCGGCAAGGGCUUCUACCGAAGCACCCGGCUGAUUUCCCACAAAAAGGUCCACCUGGCCGAGAAACUCUACAAGUGUUUCCGUUGCGGCAAGAGCUUCGGCGACGAGGCCAAGCUCGCCCAACACAAGCAGGCCAAGCACACGAACGAGAGGCCGCACACCUGUGCCGAGUGCGGCAAGAGCUUCCGCCGGAGCACGCACCUCACCAGGCACCAGAAAAUCCACGCCCGCAAGGCCCGCUACCGCUGCCUGCAGUGCGAGAAGACCUUCACUUGUCGAAAGCACCUGCUGUCCCACGAGCGGACUCACACGGGAGACAAGCCCUACAAGUGCCUGGACUGCGGCAAGAGGUUCAGCUUCAGCGGGAACCUCGCCUCGCACCUGAGGAUGCACACGGGGGAGAAGCCGUACCUGUGUCUCGAGUGCGGGAAGAGUUUCAGCCGGAGUGCACACCUCACUCUGCACCAGAGGACCCACACCGGGGAAAAGCCAUACACCUGCCUGGAGUGCGGGCGAGCCUUCAGCCAAAGCAGCAACCUCACCUCCCAUCAGCGCAUCCACACCGGGGAGAAGCCGUACGAGUGUCCUGUGUGCGGGAAACAGUUCUCGCGGGGCGACUCGCUGGUCUCGCAUCAGAGGAUCCACGCCGCGGAAAUCAUCUGA